AUGCCAAAUAUGACAUAUGCAGAACGAAUUGCCAAAAAAAGGCGAAAAGUAAAUGCUCUUAAUAAUAAUACGACUGAUGAACUCGCACAGUAUUUAAGUGGAGCCAUCUUAUCUAUGGAUGUUGAUCCUUUAGACUGGUGGAAGCUUAAUAGCUCCCGUUUUCCGUACAUGUCUCAAUGGCCAAAGACUAUCUCGCGAUUCAGGCUAUUUCGGUACCUUCUGAGCAAAUAUUUUCAAAAGCAGUUAGAACCGCAGCUCGGUUCAGCUUAUAUGACUUUGUUUUUAAAUGGCUCGGCUCAUAAAUGGUUGGCUCUAGUUCGCAGGAGCCAUGAACCGAGCUAA